UCUUUUCGAAAAACUUUAAAAAUUCGAAAAUUUUAGGCGAAAAAUUCUUGUCCAUGCUUUUAGAUAUUUACAAAAAUGGAACAUUUCCUAAACACCAACGGGGUGGCCUUCACAAGCUGGGAGUUUUAUCCGCGAGCUAGGCCCACGGAAUUCUAUCGGACCAUGCAGCCCAGGCGUACGAAACAGAGCCAAAGGGCCGAACAUCCGAUGGAUAUGCUGACCGAACUGGCAGCUUUCCACGAUCCGCUACGGCCGCGGAGACGCAUACAACCACCUCUGAAUUCCGGUACUCAGCUGCAACGCAACUUUUACUUUUCUUAAAAGAAAUGGCAAUCAGCAAAUUACUGGAAAAGACAGCUUCAUUUAACACAUUUGCCAUGAGCUCCAAAUUAUUGUUACAACCCUAAACAACCUAAAUAAGAAACAAAUCAAACCUGA